GGUCCCCCAUAAAAAUAUUAUUCUUUGAAAGUGAAGUGUUUAGUCAGCAGCAGCAUCUUUGAAAGUUCAAAUGGUAAAUACAAGCAAGCUUGUGCAUAACGUCAAACGUGUUUUGAGUUUUGACCAUUAGCUAUGCAAAUCGGCAGAGAAAGAGAGGCCACUAGACCAGUGCUUUGCAGUGAUUAGGAAGCAAGGAAGCCACUAAGCUAUGAUGCUGAAGGAGAAGUAUCUUCCAUUAGUAAGUGGGUGGACCCACAGUGGUAUCACUUGUGUCAUAUUUCUAGCUGUGAUCUGUUGCCGCACUGUUGCUUCAGAUGUUAAAAAUGUGAAGAGUGAUGAGCACAGUGUUUGUUGGGCAAGAGUUGGUCAUUCUUACCCACUUAAAUGUGCAUUUGAGUUGUUUGACUCCAGUUUCUUCAAUAACACAAAGAUUCUGGAGAUUGUGAAGGGUCAAAAGGAGUUCAACAUCCCUAUAUUCACAGCUAAUCGAAAAUUAGUUGCUUCAGUGAAUGGAGGUUUGCAUGACCCGUCUUACUUGGUAUUCAAUUCUGCUUGGGGCAGUGAGCAAUCACAGCAUGUAACUAAAAGAUUCAAGUACCCUUCUCUGUCUGGCAUUAAAAAACCCAGAAGUGAACAAGAUAUUGCCUUUAUGAGUAUUCUUGAAUUGGGAGAGCUCAUUAAGACAAAGCAACUUACAUCUAAGGAGCUUACUAAAUUUUUUCUGAAAAGACUUAAAAGGUACAAUCAUGCUCUUGAGGCGGUGGUAACUUAUACCGAAGAAUUAGCAUACAAGCAAGCAAAAGAGGCUGAUAAACUUCUUGCUCAAGGAGUAUAUUUGGGUCCUCUGCAUGGGAUUCCUUAUGGUUUGAAGGAUAUAAUUGCAGUUCCCCACUACAAAACAACUUGGGGUUCGACAAGUUUCAAAAAUCAAGUUCUGGACAUUGAAGCUUGGGUGUACAAGAGGUUGAAGUCUGCAGGGGCAGUUCUUGUUGCUAAGCUUGUUUCUGGAUCACUGGCAUAUGAUGACAUCUGGUUUGGUGGUAGAACAAGGAACCCCUGGAAUAUCGAGGAGUUCUCUACAGGUUCAUCAGCCGGACCUGCUGCCUCCACAUCAGCUGGUAUGGUACCAUUUGCAAUUGGAUCAGAAACAGCUGGUUCUGUGACCUAUCCUGCUGCACGCUGUGGAGUGACAGCAUUGCGCCCAACAUUCGGCACAGUUGGCCGAACUGGUGUAAUGAGCUUAUCGGAAAGCUUGGAUAAGCUUGGCCCUUUCUGUAGAAGUGCCACAGAUUGUGCAAUUAUUCUGGAUGCCAUUAGAGGAAAGGACCCAGAUGAUCUUUCAUCAAGAGACAUUCUCCUUGAUGAUCCAUUUUCAGUUGACAUUACAAAGCUUACUGUUGGAUAUCUAGAAGAUGCUGAGAUGGAGGUUGUUCAUGUUCUUGCAUCAAAAGGUGUAAAUAUGAUCCCUUUCAAGCUAAACUACACAGUUGACUCUGUUCAAGGCAUCCUAAAUUUUACAAUGGACGUGGAUAUGUUGGCUCACUUUGAUGAGUGGCAGAGAUCAGGGAAGGAUGAUGUUUAUGAAGCUCAAGAACAAUGGCCUACCGAACUCCGGCGUGCACGUGUAAUUCCAGCAGUAGACUAUGUGCAGGCACAAAGAGCAAGGGGAAAGUUAAUCCGGGAAGUAAGAGAGAGUUUUACUGUGGAUGCGUUCAUUGGCAAUGCAACUGACUGGGAAAGAGUUUGCUUGGGAAAUCUAGUUGGUUUGCCUGUAAUUGUUGUUCCAACAGGGUUUAAGAACAUACCAAAUCCACCUCCUAACAACACCACUCGAAGAAGAACCACUAUCACCACCGGUAUCUAUGCUCCUCCUGAACGUGACCAUAUUGCUCUUGCACUUGCUAUGGCUUACCAAUCAGUCACCAAUCACCAUAGGCAGCAGCCUCCUAUUGAUGAUCUUGGACCAAAUGACCCAAUCCCAAGUUCUCCCACAUCAUCGUAGUCUUAGAGGAACUGUUGCUGCAGCCUCAGCCUCUACUUGGUGUAAGUUUCAUGCAUAAAUAGUCAAUAUGUGCCAGCACAAUGACAUUGUGAGAUGUACAUGAACAAAAAAGGAAAAAAAGAAGAAAAUUGAUGUAGCUCACAUUCCAAGAACCAAUCCCAUAGCUUGAUAUACAUUUUAGCACAUCUGUUUUGCACAGUUUUUCUUCUUUUGCAUAAAUUCUGAAUCUGAUCUUUCUUAUU